AUGUACCAGCAGCGGAAUUUCUGGAAGAGCAACGAGGGGGAAAAUCCGCAGUUUGAUACGGAUCCAGGCCAGCUGGAAGAGCAGGCCAAAGCCAAACUGACGCAAAACGGCUGGUUCUACGCCUCUUCCAACGCGGGACAAUCGCACACGCACACGGCCAACCGACAGGCCUUCUACCUGCACCGCAUCAUUCCGCGCAUGCUCGUCGACACGCGAACCUCCCUCUUCGGCCACCAUGUCAACGCCCCGAUCGGCUUCGCGCCGGUCGGCAUCAACAAAAUCUACCACCCGGCCGGCGAGCUGCCCGUUGCGCGCGCCGCAGGCGGACUGGUGCUGCCGUAA